AUGGAAGAUCUUUACGUAGCAAACACCAUCUUUGCCCUCAAUUUCUUCAAGCAUCUGCUGAAUACGAGCCCCACCGAGAAUAUCAUCUUCUCGCCACUGAGCAUUUCGUCCACCAUGGCCAUGCUCUGCCUAGGUGCUAGGGGCAACACUGAGGAACAGAUAGCCCGGGUGCUUCACUUUGACAAAGUUGCUGGCUAUGAUGUCACCCCCAAAACCCCCGAAAACUCCACUGGCUGUGACUUCAUGCAACAGAUACAGAAGGGAACUUAUCCCAAUGCUAUUUUACAGGCACAAGCAAGAGACAAAGUCCACUCAUCUUUCCAUGCGCUCAUCUCCGCCAUCAACGCGUGCAAAGAAGGUUAUAUAUUGGACAGUGCUAGUAAGCUGUUUGAAGACAAGUCAUCAAGACUCACGAAAGAAUACAAGGAAGACUGUAAGAAAUAUUAUUCCAGUGAACCGCAGGCGGUAGACUUCCAAGAAUGUCCAGAAGAAGCGAGACAAAGGAUUAAUUCCUGGGUCAAUACUCAAACUGAUGGCAAAAUUCCAGACCUGUUGCCUAAAGGUUCUGUAGAUGAACAGACCAAAAUGGUUCUGGUGAAUGCUAUCUACUUCAAAGGAAGGUGGAAAACGCCAUUUGAGAAGAAACUAAAUGGACUUUAUCCUUUCCAUGUGAGCUCGACUCAAACAGUAUCUGUGCAGAUGAUGUAUUUGCGGGAGAAUCUCAACAUUGGAUACAUAGAGGGUAUCCGUACUCAAGUUCUAGAAAUCCCAUACUCUGGAGAUGUCAGCAUGUUUGUGUUCCUUCCUGAUGCAUCCUCUAGUAUAGAGUUGGUGGAAAGUGAGAUAAAUUAUGAGAAUCUCAGCAAGUGGAUCAGCACUGACAUCAUUGCUGAAGAUGACGUGGAAGUGUACCUACCUCAGUUCAAACUAGAAGAGCGUUAUGAGCUCAAACCCAUUUUGCAAAGCAUGGGCAUAGAGGAUGCCUUCAGCAAAGGCCAGGCCGACUUCUCGGGAAUGUCAGAGCAGAACGAUCUCUUUGUUUCGGAUGUGUUCCAUCAAGCCUUGGUGGAUGUGAAUGAGGAGGGCACCGUAGCAGCUGGUGGCAGCGGGGCUGUUUUGACGGGGAGAACCGGGCAUGGGGGCCCACAGUUUGUGGCAGACCAUCCCUUUCUCUUCCUUAUCUGUGAUAAACCAACUAUGACUAUUUCAUUUCUUGGCAAACUCUCCUCACCCUAA